UUCUUUCGUUUCUCUCUUCGAUCUCCUAUGGCUUCUCAGCCUUCUUCUCCUCCCGUUCAAACUGAUGCCUCGCUGCCGGAGCCAAGCCCUCUGUGGAGAAUGGCCGCCGUCGCCUCUAUUGCAGCUGGGAUUCAAUUCGAAUGGUCUAUUCAGCUCUCCUUGCUAACUCCCUAUGUUCAGCUUCUCGGUAUUCCACACACUUGGGCUGCUUUUAUAUGGCUCUGUGGUCCUAUCUCCGGUAUGUUGGUUCAACCGGUUGCUGGUUACCACAGUGACCGCUGUACUUCCCGGUUCGGCCGCCGCCGCCCGUUUAUCGCGGUUGGUGUACUCGCUGUCGUCAUCGCCGUUCUCUUGAUCGGUUUUGCCGCUGAUCUUGGCCACUGGUUCGGGGACUCACUGGAUGAGAAAACGCGGCCACGAUCUGUCGUUGUCUUCGUCGUCGGAUUUUGGAUCCUCGACGUGGCCAAUAACAUGAUUCUAGGCCCGAGCCGAGCUCUAUUGGCUGACCUCUCCUCCGGCGACCACCGGAAGACGCGGACGGCGAAUUCGUUCUUCUCGUUCUUCAUGGCCGUCGGAAAUGUCCUCGGAUACGCCACCGGGUCAUCCAGUAAGCUCCACCAUAUGUUUCCGUCCACGAAAACCAAAGCCUGUGACGUGUACUGCGCGAACCUGAAGAGCUGCUUUUUCGUCUCCAUCGCUCUUCUGCUCAUUCUCUCAAUCGUCGCUCUCACGUCCGCGAAGGAGCUCAGGGCACUUCCGUCACUUGGGAAUGACGGAGAUGAUACGGUGCGUGAGGGAUCAGGGAGCUCACGGUAUUUCAAACAACCGUUGGGUGAUUUUCGGGAGCUCAAGAGGCCGAUGUGGAUUUUACUCCUGGUGACGUGUCUUAACUGGAUUGCUUGGUUCCCCUUUUUGUUUUUCGACACUGAUUGGAUGGCGAAGGAUGUGUACGGGGGAAAGGUUGAGGAAGGUGAGGCGUACGAUAAGGGCGUGCGCGCCGGUGCAUUGGGUCUUAUGCUCAACUCUCUGGUGCUGCUUGUGGCGUCGCUGGGCAUGGAGGUGCUGGUGCGUGGGGUUGGAGGUCUGAAGAAGUUAUGGGGAAUAGUGAAUUUCUUGCUCUCUGUGUGCCUGGCCUCGACGGUGUUGGUUACGAAGUUGGCCGAGCGCUCACGGCUGUUAGCCGGCGGCUCCCACGAACCUCCUCCACUGCCGGCCGGUGUCAAGGCCGCCGCCUUGGCGCUAUUUGCUGUACUCGGAAUUCCCCUGGCGGUUACCUACAGUGUUCCUUUCGCACUAGCAUCCAUAUUCUCCAGCUCCUCCGGAGCAGGUCAAGGAUUAUCUUUGGGAGUUCUAAACCUUGCCAUUGUCAUACCACAGUUGGUAGUGUCAUUGACAGUCGGACCAUGGGAUGCAUUGUUCGGCGGCGGAAACUUGCCGGGAUUUGUGGUGGGCGCCGUCGCAGCUACGAUGAGCGGCAUAUUAUCGAUUGUCUUUUUGCCGUCUCCGCCAGUGAAGUUGGCCAAGAGAGAGUCGAUCACCAGAAAAAAUAAUUGAAAAUUAAUUACCUAUUCCCUCGUCUUCUAUGCACUAUGCAAAUUACUAUGGCUGAAAAAGACGAGAAAUGCAUAUUGCAGAGAAAGUAAAUGCUUCUCACAAAAUGGGUGUUGAGAUUAUUGGCUCAGAUUAUAAUAUGUUAAGAACAUCGUUGCACAUGCUUAAAUAAAAAACCAUUAUUUUAAACAACUUGUAAAAUAUUUUUCUAUUUGUUAACCUGAGUUAUUCUCGUU